AUGCAGGGAGGUCUGAUUGCUCGGGCCCUCAUCCAGUCAUGCGAUGGCCUGCCACCCGUGCACUCCCUGGUAUCCAUUGGAGGGCCGCAGGCUGGAGUUGCCUCCACGCCUCAGUGUGUCCUGCAUGCAGUGUGUCAGCUUAUAGACUCCGUGCUGGAGUUUGGUAUCUACUCUGACAUGGUGCAGAAUCUGGUCGCGCCAUCCGGCUAUGUCAAGAUUCCCACGGACAUAUCGGGUUACCUGGCGGGGUGCAAGUACCUGCCGCACGUCAACAACGAGCUCGCCUCCUGCCGCAACGCCACCUAUGCUGAUCGCAUGCGCUCUCUGCAGCGCGUGGCACUCAUAAAGUUCACAGGAGACACAGUGCUCUACCCACCGGAGACCGCCCACUUUGGCUUCUUCGCCCCCAAUGACUUCAAUAAAAUUCUUCCCAUCAAUGAGACUCAACUGUACAAGGAGGACUGGGUUGGGAUGAAGUGGCUGGUGGAGGCCGGGCGAGUGGACUUCAUAUCCGUGCCUGGGAACCACCUGUGGCUCACUAGAGGUGUCAUUGAGAAGCAUGUCGUGCCGUACCUCAAACCGGCUAGUGGGACGAGCAGCAUGUGA